AUGUCAGCAACAGUGCCCAAGCGCUCACUUGAGGAGUACCUGAUGUUUUUCAGGAACUGUACUAAGAGAUCUGCAACUCAGUGGCAAGUGGUGACCAAAGGGACUUAUCCUUGGUUCCAACUAGGAUUCAGACUGUUUGAGAAGGAACCAAUAGAAGAAGCAAGCAGAAAAGACUUCAGGAAGAAGUUUUUGAGUGUGACUCUACCUCGGGACCUGCCCUUUGGAGGUGGGAAGCCUCCAAACUAUCAUUUGGGGGGCAUAAGUGUAUCAUCCCAACUUCUGUGCAUGGCAACUUGGUUGCCCUCAGCUUAUUCCAUUCAAAUCAUAUAG